AUGACAUGCAAUCUUCCUUCUUAUCUAGUAGGUAGUCCGUUCGGAGCAUUAUUCAAGCAAUCUACUUCGCCACCAUUGCCGUCGGCUUGGAAUCAUGGCGACUCAUCUGUAUUUAUACAAGUCGGAAAGAACAGAUUGAGAGCUAAAUAUAUUGGUGCGGGAAGAGAUGACACUGAAGCGGCAGCUAUUAGAACAUAUUUUCCGAUACCACAAGAAUGUGGAUUGUACUACUAUGAAGUCGAGAUAAUCAAUAAAGGCGUGGGUGGGUAA